CAGCUCCAGAUCCAUUUUCCCAGCCAAUGCAGGGGUCUGGUUCCUGGUCCCCUGACAGGGAUUCCCCCUUGCCCAUGGGCCAAGCUGGAUCAACUCCGUUGUUCCGCACUCUUUCCGAGCUGGAGCUCCAAAGUUAUACGGAGGUCCCUCCGGCCCAACCAGCAGGUGUAAGUCAAGAAGUCGGGCCUCCCGUGCAACUCACAGAAGCCAGGUUGCCACAGAUGCCAGUGUUUCAACUGCCUGAAUCCUUUGGAUUAAUGAUUCGGCAGGCCAUACGUCAAGAGUUAGCUCACUCCCUUCACCGAGAGGCGGCUCCAUCUUCCUCGACCAAGUCCCACAGUGGGAAAAAACGGGGCGAUACUCCUAGUUCGGCACCCCCCAGAGCCAGUCCUCAAAGGGAAAAAUCCAUUGAGGAAGGUAGUCUGGCCUCGGUGUCAGAGGAAGAAGAUGCAGGAGACAAUUUGUCAGAGGAUGAGGGCCUGGGGCCGGAUCAGCCGUCAUUUGUGGGGCUUUUUAAACCACACCUGUUCCGUUCCCUUCUGUUCAAAGCCCUGGCAACCACUGGCCUUGGGGGCAGUGCGGCUCCCUCAGCAGAUCCUCUAGCCCUACCUAGUACUUCUACUAACUUGUUCGUGGAACCCACGGUGCCAGCAGAGACUAUCCCGGCACCUAAGAUGUUCGUGGACGUUGUCCAACGGCAGUGGUCCCAUCCAAGUUCGGGCUCUAACCCUAAUGCCACGGACAAAAAAUUUUAUAAUUGUGCGCCAGACCUUGAAAACAUAUUGCAGGUGCCCACGGUGGACGCCCCAAUAGUGGCCCUAACAACAUCCUCCCAUGUCACGGGUCCCGAGAACGAGGCCCUUCGCCCUGAGGACAAGAGAGCGGACCAAUCCUUGGUCAAAUCCCAUCAAGCUUCAGCUUGGGCCGUCAGGUCAUCCAUCGCAUCUUCAUUUUUUAAUAGAGCAGCUAUUAUGUGGCUCAAACAGCAUCAGAGCCGGUUACCAACAUCAGAUGUGAGGGCUCAUCAGGACCUUAACAAGGUAAUUGCAGCCUUAGAAUUCUCCGCAGAUUCGACUCUGAACGCGGCCCGCUUUUCAGCCAAGUCUAUCGGAUCUACGGUCACAUCCCGCAGGCUCCUAUGGCUACGCCACUGGCGGGCUGACACCAGAAAUAAAUGGCGCCUAGCUUCCUCCCCCUACGCAGGCUCGCACUUGUUCGGUGCCUCCUUAGAUCCAAUCCUGGUGGAAACCAAGGACAAGAAGAAAGUGUUACCAUCUUUAUCCCGACGGGGGGAUCUGCGACAACAGCCCUAUUUUCGUCCCUCGCCCUCCCAGGCUUCUUCCUCUUCUUCUUCCUUUCGUGCCCAGGAAUUCGGAGGGUCGGGGUUUCGUCGGCAAAGAUUUCCACCGUUCAGAGGCAGCUCCCAGCGGAACGAUCAGUCGGCCUCUUCAAUGGUUCCUCUUGCCACACCAGAGGAAACGGUGCAGUUCUUCCAGGCGACGGGUGAGUCUUCCACGGGAGGUAGCCGACUCGUUGGCUUGGUGGACUCCAGAGGUGGUAGCCAGGGGCUCGGUCUUCAGGGACCCAGUGAGGGACGUGAUUACCACCGAUGCCAGUCUGUCGGGCUGGGGAGCACAUCUCGAGCAACACCUAGCCCAGGGCACGUGGUCCCACGCGGAAGUCAGUCAUGGCAUCAACUUUCUGGAGCUGCGCGCCAUCCGUCUGGCACUUCUGGCAUUCAAGGAUCUUAUCCGCGACAGGAAUGUCCUCGUUCUCACGGACAACAUGACGGCGAAAGCGCAUAUAAACAGGUGGGGUGGCACUCACUCUCGCAGGUUGAUGACAGAAACUCUCUCCCUCGGUCGUUGGGCCGAGUCCCACCUGCGGUCGUUGAAGGCAGAACAUAUCGCGGGGACGGACAAUUGCAAAGCGGACUCCCUCAGCCGUCAGACUAUCAGCCAGGGAGAAUGGUCCUUGUCCCCAGCGAAUUUCCGCGAGUUAUCGUCCCGUUUCGGGCUUCCCCUAGUGGACUUGUUCUCCUCCGAAACGAACAAUCAAGUGCCUCGGUUUUUUUCGAGGUUCCCCUCGCGUGGAGCGGAGUCAGUGGAUGCCCUCCGCAGCAGCUGGCCUUGGGGCCUCCUAUAUGCCUUCCCACCGAUUCCACUGAUUCCCAGAGUAAUAAGGAAGCUCCUCACGGAGAAGGCAGAGUUAAUCUUGGUCGCCCCCUUUUGGCCCAGGAGACCCUGGUUUGCGGAUCUAAUGACUCUCUCAAUCCGGGAACCAUGGAGAAUCCCGGACGACCGGGUGUCACUCAGCCAGGGACCAAUCCAACAUCCCGAACCGCAGUGGCUACGCUUAGCCGUGUGGAGAUUGAGCGGAGCAUCUUAACUAAGGCAAGGGUUCCUCCUCAGGCCGUUCCCACCAUGCUGGCCUCUCGCCGAGACUCUACCAAAAGAAUUUAUGAGGCCACGUGGCGCACGUUUGAUAGUUGGUGCUCAUCUCAAAAUUUAGUAUCCUCCAUGGCUUCAGUACUAGACAUUCUGGCCUUUCUCCAGCGAGGUCUCGAUUCCGGGCUGGCGACCAAUACUCUCAGGAGGCAGAUAGCGGCACUUUCCUCAGUACUUCGAUGUGGUUCUCUUUUACCCCUGUCAAAAGAGCCUCUCAUUCAACAGUUUCUCCGGGGGGCUACUAAUGUCAAUCCGCCCGUGGUCCACCGUUUUCCAUCUUGGAGGUUGAACGCGGUGCUCAACGCUCUGACGAAGACGCCGUUUGAACCACUCAGAGAUUCCUCUCUUCGUUUUCUGUCGCUGAAAGUCGCCUUUCUGAUAGCCAUCACCUCGGCCCGCAGGAUUUCGGAAUUGUCGGCCCUGUCAAUUCGUCAGGACCUCUGUUCUUUCUUCAACGAUAGGGUGGUUCUACGUCUGGAUCCUACUUUCCUACCAAAAGUGAACUCUCAAUUCCAUAGGGCACAAGAAGUGGUGUUGCCUAAUUUCUGCCCAAAUCCCAAGCACCAUUUAGAAAAAGUGUGGCAUACUCUGGACGUACGGAGGGCAUUGAAGAUUUACAUUGAUCGGACAUCAACCUUCCGCAAAACAGAGGCCCUUUUCGUAUCGUUCCAACCACUUUCGCUGGGUCAGAAGGUGACCAAAUCGGUUCUGGCUAGAUGGAUCAGGGCGGCCAUCGCCACAGCAUAUGAAAGUCAAUCUCUGCCGGUGCCGCGUAAUAUUACGGCACAUUCGACCAGAAGCGCGGCUUCUUCUGCCGCUUGGAGCGCUCAGGCAUCAAUCGAUGAGAUCUGCAGAGUGGCGACGUGGUCCACUCCCUCUUCGUUCGUUCGGCACUAUAAGGUGGAUUCCUACGCGUCGGCUGACGCGGCGUUUGGCAGGCGUGUCCUGCAAACGGUUUUGUCUCAUCAACAAUGACAGACCGCCUUCAACCCUCCCGGUAAGACAUCGGGCUUUGGUAUGUCCCAGUCCUGACGGCCGUUUUCCCCGACAGGGAGAAGGGAACGUUGUCUUACCUGAACGUCCCUUCUUAGAGAGGGGAAAACGGCCGUCAGCCCCACCCAAGGCGACUGUCUAA